AUGACUAGAACCACAGAAACAGCGAACGCAGAGGCAUCGUCCAGCAGGUUGUCCCUCUACGAAGGCAGUACGCAGUAUCGAUACUGGCGUUACUCUCCAGAGCAACUUGCGAACGCUCGCGCAACUAUGAACGCCGCAGCAGUCUCCGCGAUCCGGAAUGCAUUUGAGGCAAAUUCGGCACGCUCGUCUUCGGAAGUCUCCUUCCUCGAGGCAGAUGAAGAGAACUUGCUCGUCAAGCUGUACGUUGGGAAGAUCCCACAACUUUGUGCUCACUUCCGCUUUCCUGAGGAAGUAGAAGCGACCGCCAUGACAUAUCUGAAGAGAUUCUACUUGAAGAACACCGUCAUGGACUGGCAUCCGAAAAAUGUCAUGCUGACUGCACUUUUUCUUGCUACAAAGACAACGAACCACCCUAUAUCUCUAGAGUCAUACACAGCACAUAUACCCAAGACCGCGCCUGCAGACGUACUUGACCUUGAGUUUCUUGUUGCACAGUCAUUGGGCUUCGAUUUUGCCGUAUGGCACCCUCAUCGAGCAUUGUGGGGACUUUGGUUAGAUGUUCAGCAGACACUUCCGGAUGUCUCCAUACAGGAGCUGAGAGAUGCUUACGAGAAAGCCUUAGAUCACGUUCGCGCAUCUCGACUGACGGACGCCGAGUUCAUCUACACGCCGUCUCAAAUCGCUCUUGCGUGUCUGUCUCUCGCCUCACCUUCGCUCGCAUCUUCCUGGGCGCGCUCAAAGUUUCCAAAUGUACAGUCACCCCCGGUUCUCGCGGUCCUCGACCCUAUCAAGGUGAUAAUCCUUUCAUGCGGCUCAUCGCCGGACGUGGAGGCCGUGCGAGAGGUGGAUCGACGGCUGAAGCUCUGCAAAAACCCGGAGAAAGUCGUGGGUAGCAAAGCGUAUCUGAGGAAACAAGAAGAGGCGGAGCGCAAAGCGGAAGAGAAGAGGAAACGAAAAGCAGAUGAGGCGAGGAAGGCGAUGGAAGAUGAAGACCCGUUUGGCAGUGAAUUGGCGGGAAAGGCUGGGGCUGCGAGGCUGGACGAGGAUGACGAGGAUGAUUGA